GCAAACAAGAAACAGGGGAAGAGAGAGAAGUGCAAUGUGUGAUUGUGUUUGUGUUUUUGUUCCUCAGAAGCCCAAGGAACUGUUUGCUCCGUCACAUUUAUCGCGAAAAUCCCAAAUUUCUCCUUCUAGAGAGAGAUAGAGAGGAAGAAAAGUUAAGAACAAAAAAAAAAAAAAAAAAAAAAAAAGUUGUGACUUGUGAGAGAGAAAAUUUGGCUUUGUUUGUGUGCUUCAAUAGUUGAAUUAAAAACCAAACAUUUUAUGGGAAACUUUAGAUUUGUCGGAUGUAAUUUUGAAGCCAGGAUCCUUGUAAACUCAGAAAAGCGAUCUUCGAUGCACUGAUUGGAUUAGUUGGAUUCGAUUGGAUACGCCGAUUUCGGUUUCUGGGUGCAAUGAACGGUGGCGAUGAGGUCGUCGCAGCUCCGGUGGGCCCGCCUCAGCCGCUAGAGUGGAAAUUCUCUCAGGUAUUCGGGGAACGCACGGCCGGUGAAGAAGUCCAGGAAGUUGAUAUCAUUUCAGCAAUCGAAUUUGACAAAACUGGUGACCAUCUUGCUACUGGUGACCGUGGGGGUCGUGUGGUUCUCUUUGAGAGGACUGAUACAAAAGAUCAUGGCAGCUCCAGAAGAGAUUUGGAGAGGACGGAUUAUCCGAUUGGUAGGCAUCCUGAGUUCCGUUACAAGACUGAAUUUCAGAGCCAUGAACCAGAGUUUGAUUAUCUCAAGAGCUUGGAAAUAGAGGAGAAAAUCAACAAAAUUAGAUGGUGCCAAAGAGCCAAUGGUGCUCUCUUUCUUCUUUCUACGAAUGACAAAACAAUUAAAUUUUGGAAGGUCCAAGAAAAGAAAAUCAAGAAAAUUUCUUGUAUGAAUUUGGACCCUUUAAAAGCUGUUGGAAAUGGAAGUGUUGCUAGUUCAAGUAAUUCGGUUUGCUCUAAAUCAUAUCUUGCAAAUGGAGGAUACCCAGACAAAUCGAGUAAUGACUUCUCAUUCCCACCAGGGGGCAUCCCAUCGCUACAUUUACCUAUGGUAGUAACUACGCAUGAAACCAACCUCAUGGCUAGAUGUCGAAGGGUAUAUGCUCAUGCUCAUGAUUAUCAUAUCAAUUCUAUUUCAAAUAACAGCGAUGGUGAAACUUUUAUAUCUGCGGAUGAUCUUCGAAUAAAUCUUUGGAACUUGGAAAUCAGCAGUCAGAGUUUCAAUAUUGUGGAUGUGAAGCCUGCAAAUAUGGAGGAUCUGACUGAGGUGAUAACAUCAGCAGAAUUCCACCCCACUCAUUGUAAUACAUUAGCAUAUAGCAGUUCAAAAGGCUCCAUCCGCCUCAUUGAUUUGCGGCAAUCAGCUUUAUGCGAUUCUCAUGCCAAAUUGUUUGAGGAACAGGAGGCACCUGGUUCAAGAUCAUUUUUCACAGAGAUAAUUGCUUCAAUCUCAGAUAUUAAAUUUGGACAGGAUGGCAGAUAUAUACUUAGUCGUGAUUACAUGACCCUUAAGUUAUGGGACAUCAAUAUGGAUUCAGGUCCAGUUUCGACCUUCCAGGUUCAUGAAUAUUUAAGACCGAAGCUUUGUGAUUUAUAUGAAAAUGAUUCGAUCUUUGAUAAAUUCGAGUGUUGUCUGAGUGGUGAUGGAUUACGAGUCGCCACAGGCUCUUACAGCAAUCUAUUUCGUGUGUUUGGUUGUGCACCGGGAACUACUGAGGCAACAACUUUGGAAGCCAGCAAAAACCCGAUGAGGCGCCAAGUUCAGACCCCUUCAAGGCCUUCCAGAUCCCUGAGCAGUAGUAUAACACGAGUUGUCAGACGAGGAGCAGAAAGCCCUGUGGUUGAUGCAAAUGGAAAUUCUUUCGAUUUUACAACGAAGUUGCUGCACCUAGCAUGGCACCCAACUGAACACUCAAUUGCUUGUGCUGCUGCAAAUAGCUUGUACAUGUACUAUGCAUAAAGAAAAUCCAGGAAGAAAUGUAUUUGCUGUGGGAGAAGGCUUUUCUGCCUUUGCCGCCGACCAGUGACUAGGAGGCUACAUCAGAUUUUCGCAUUUCAACUGCCCCUUGAAAUCUGUUGCAUGUGCUUUUGCUUUUGGUAUCAAGGUUCAGAUGUGGCUGCUGGCGCAUCCACGAGGAAGCAACCUGAUUUUGUUCCUGGGUGGGCAGCGGCUCUUUUUACUUCCUCACCUCCCUUAACAACCACCAAAAUUUCUUUGCUUUUCUUUGUCCUAGCUUGUUUCCGUAUCUUUUUCUGAAAGGGAAGAUGCAGUUAUGUUCUACAUUUGUGUUGGGUCGAAGUCGGGGAAAACAAAGGAUGAUUGUAGCUCUUCUACAACAAAACACUGAAGGAUGUUCAAUAUAUGCCCACUAGUUUCAACAUAAAA